CACCAGUGGGCUUCCAAAUGAAUGUAUGGCGCGCCACCUGGCUUAGUCGCCAAGAUGUUUUUGGCCGGCAGGCACUGACUGUCAAGGUCGUCCUUGCCGUGAGCUCGAUUGCUAGACGAUAGCAGAAGCGCAAAAGCUGAACCUCGGUUUUCAUCGAUUGAAACGGCAUUCCUUUCGGCGUAGCCUCAGGAAGACCCAACAGCCGUCCACAUAUCUCCUCCGACCCCUGUCCUGCUGCUGUUUGAAUCUUCUCUAGUGUCUACACCGCCAUGUCGCAACUAUUGCACAGCAUCGCAAAUUGGGCGCAGUCUCCAAAGAAAUCUACAUCACAAUCAGACGACGAAUCCCCGCGCGGACUUAAGCGAAAAGCAAAAGCAGACCCCUACGAUAUGGAUGACGACGAGGAUGCCGCUGAGAAGGCGUCGUCGCCGUCGGGAAAAACUCCUGCAAUGCAGCGCCCCCGGUCGCGCAAUACCCCCGAAGCGCCUGCAUCGAGCUUCAAGAGCCGUUUGAUUGGUGGCAAGAUUAAACGCCGCAGCCGGCCAGCCAAAAAACUGCGCCCAGGGUCAGAGGAAGGUGAAGCUGCUGGCGCAGAUCAUCUUGGAUUGAGUCCGGCGAAGCCUGCUUCCCAGCCCAAUGGUUCUGAUGACAAUGAAGCGCUGAAGUCGAACACUUCUCUGGUUCCAGUGGCCGAUAUGGGUGGCUCUAACCUGCUUGUCAACAACGAGGCUGCAGAAGCGGACACGGAUCUAGCCACCGCCAACAGCGUCAACGCCUCUCUCGAUGCGCCAACCGACAAACCCGCGACGAUGGAAGACGAAGCCGAAAACGAAGAUGACGAUCAAGGCAAGGCCGACGAGCUUGACGAGGAUGUGCACGAAGUCAAGCAGCUCAUGCGACAUCGUUUUGAUAAAAACCAAACCAUCGAGAUUCUCGUCCACUGGGAGGGCGAGACGGAGGAAGAGGCAACGUGGGAACCCGAAGAUGAGAUCCAGCGAGGUGCUGCAGAGACGCUCUACGAGUACUGGAACAAACUAGGUGGCCGUUCCGAGGUGCUGUUUAACAACAAGGAUGGCGAAGACGCGCCAAACGAGGUGUACUAUGCCUUCAAAAUUCUGCGACACGAAAAGAAAAAGCCCGGUGGCUUCCAAUUCGAGGUGCAAUGGAUCGGAUACCCCGAUACGCCCGGCAACACAACCAUGGAGUCCGAGACCAAGCUUAAGAGUGUUGCGCUGCCACUUUUGGAGGAGUACUGGGAAAGUGUUGGUGGACGAGACCAGUUCUUGGCCAAGCGUGGACGGGCGGCCAAGAAAGCCAGGAUCGAGUGAUGCGCGCAUCCCCAGGAACAGAAAAACAUAAGCCUAUGUACAUACCGAUGGCGGAAUGGUCGAGAGGUGUGGUUUGGGGUGUUGCAUGGAUGCGGCAUUGCAGCGGAAUAACCUCAAUGUCCGGCCCCGUGAACCAAUCUGCAUGGAUGACGGUGUUGCAGAGCAAUAACUCCUGUUUGGUUUGCAACAAUGGGACUGGCUGUGUUGUACAUUACAAAGUUGUAUACUUACUUAUCUUGGGGUAUCUGCGCUUGGCCAAAACCAUCCCAGCGUAUUUCAUCUACACCUAGUUGCAUUUAUUAAAAGCAUUGCCUUCUUACGUAGACUGUCCUAUCCCUCAUUUGGCCCAUAUGUGAAUAAACACAAGCUAAGUUGCGCCCGGAUGUUGACGUCC